GUUUCAACCACUUGGGGGAUUGAGGCAGAAGGAUCAUUUAAGCCCAGGAAUUGGAAGGUAGUUUUUGCCUCCAAAAAGCCUCUAAAGUAAAGUAUUUGGGUUUUGUUCUAUUUUGUUUAAGAAAGAAAAAGACUGAGUAGUUCUGCUCCCAUCACAUGUCCAUUCUAUCUCCCUGUCCUUCUCCUUGCAGGGAAUGUACAACGCCACCACUCGACAGGUGGAAACAGAGCUCUUCCCCUGCCUCAGACACUUCGGACUGAGGUUCUAUGCCUACAACCCUUUGGCUGGUGGUCUUCUGACAGGCAAGUAUAAGUAUGAAGACAAGGACAGCAAGAAGCCUGAGGGCCGCUUCUUCGGGAAUAGCUGGGCCGAGACCUACAGGAACCGCUUCUGGAAGGAGGAGCACUUCAAGGCCAUCGCCCUGGUGGAGAAGGCCCUGCAGGCCGCCUAUGGCCCCAGUGCCCCCAGCAUGACCUCGGCCGCCCUGCGGUGGAUGUACCACCACUCCCAGCUGCAGGCUGCCCACGGGGAUGCGGUCAUCCUGGGCAUGUCCAGCCCAGAGCAGCUGAACCAGAACUUGGCAGCCACUGAGCAAGGGCCCCUGGAGCCGGCUGUCGUGGAAGCCUUUGAUCGAGCCUGGCACCUGGUUGCCCACGAGUGUCCCAAGUACUUCCGCUAGGUGAUGACAUCUAAACAGUAUUUUUCUAAAUUUGGGCCCUGCUCCUAGCUGCCUUCAGAACAUAGAAAGGAUGAAACCAAGUCCGACACUAGCAUUUCCUGUCCAAAUAAAGCAAGCACCUGGCCGGUCUCAGCCUAGCCCUGGGGUGAACCAUA